CUUGGGUUUUCUUUCGUUUUCAACUCCACUGAGCACAGGGGAAGCAUCAAUUUUGCCGGCGCCGAUCCACUGAUGAACAAAACGAGGGAUAUCUCGGUCGUCGGUGGAACAGGGGAUUUCUUCAUGUCUCGUGGGGUCGCCACUUUGAUGACAGAUGCAUUUGAGGGAGAAGUCUACUUUAGGCUUCGUGUUGAUAUUAAUCUGUACGAAUGCUGGGAAAAAGCAUGAACCUUGCCUUUCCUUAUUAAGAAGCUUUGCCUUUCCUUAUCCAGAAAACUGUUGUCUUUAGUUAUUUUAACUCGCCCUUUUUGGAGUCCGAGGUUUGUUUUCAGAAUUUUUUUUUUUGUACGCCUGAAUAAACUGUACAAGAGGGAUAGUCUUUCCCUUUCUCUAAAACUCUUCUUGUCGGAUACAAGAUUUAAAUU